AUGUCUGCUGAAUUUCAAAAUUUCCUCAAAGAGAAAGGUAUUCAUCACGAGACAACUGUACCCCACUCACCACAACAGAAUGGUAUCGCCGAACGAAUGAACAGGACGCUCCAGGAAGCUGCUUUAUCAAUGAUCUUACAUGCAGGAGUAUCCAAGAGUUUCUGGGCUGAAGCAGUUUGUUCAGCAGCAUACAUAAGAAACCGAGUUAUCACAACAGCAACUGGAGUCACCCCAUAUGAGCGAUGGUACGGUAAGAAACCGGAUAUUUCAAAUUUCCGUGUUUUUGGUGGCACUGCCUAUGCCCAUGUACCAAGAUUCUUCACGUCAGAAGCUCGACCAGAAAGCAGUGAAAAUGAGAUUCGUUGGCUAUUGUUUGACACAGAAGGGGUAUCGAUUGUACGAUGAGAACAAACGUAAAAUAUUUAUCCGUCGAGAUGUUACUUUCAAUGAAACUGACUUCGGACAUACGAACAGAGUACAAUUGGAGGUUGAGGAAAAGGAUGAUGAGUGCUGUAAAGAAGAAUCAAAUAAGAAAUCACCUGAUAGCAGAUGUUCAGCGCGAGAACGAAAGCCACCAGUUUAUUAUCAUGAUGAAUACGCUGGUAUCACAACAGCAAAGCAUACAGCCCUCUUUGUAACAGAAGUUGAAGAGCCGACAACGUUGAAGAAAGCUCUCGAAAGUGCUCAUGCGGAAAACUGGACGACAGCUGCAGAUUCUGAAUAUCAAUUUCUAAUGGAAAAUGAGACCUGGGAGCUUGUCGAACUGCCACCCGGACGAAAGGCAAUUACCUGCAGAUGGGUAUUUAAAGUCAAACAUGGUGAAAAUGGGAAGAUCGAUCGGUUUAAAGGACGUCUUGUAGCGAAAGGUUCUCUACAAAAGUACGGGAUCGAAUUUGAUGAAACAUUUUCACCUGUUGUUCGCUUUACAUCUAUCCGAGCUCUUUUGGCGUUUGCUGUUUCCAGAAAUAUGUUUAUCCAUCAAAUGGAUGUCGUUACCGCUUUUCUAAAUGGAACACUUGACGAAGAUAUCUAUAUGGAGCAGCCAGAAGGUUAUGUUGUUCCUGGAAAAGAAAAUCUUGUGUGCCACCUAAAGAAAUCUCUCUAUGGAUUGAAGCAGAGUCGAAUUUGA